AUGGCCAACGUCUUCAUGAGCACCUGCACCUCGUUCGGCGCCACCUACUACAAGUUAUCCACGCAAGACCGUUACGCACAAUUCAAGCCUAUCCCAGCCAACGCAGUCCUGAGUUUUGUAGUGAUCAUCUCGACCCCUAUCGGCGAUGCAAUCUUGAAUUCCAUCCACGGCAUCGUGACCGACGACGUGGGCUCCGGGGAGUCAUACUCCUGCGGUACCAACGUCUACGAGCAGAGAUUGUUGAAUUGCUCGGGAGCCAUGAUCGCGUUCUACCAGGCGAUUGUGGCAGCUCAGGACACCACCACCGAUGCCCACUUCUAUGCCGGAAAUCUCGAUGAGAAGAGUGAGCUGAUGGCGGCAAGCAAGAUGGCCAUCACCCAGAGCUAUAUUGGUUCCAACAAGGACGAAUUUGGCCGGCGUGUGCGAUUGAAGGUGUGUACUUCAAAAGGGCAGUCGAUCUUCGUGUCGAGUGAUGACCACACGUUUGGGGGUAAGUUGCAACAGAGUGUCCAAAGGAACGCCAGAUGA